AUUUAGUGACUCAUAAAAAUAUAUCUACGAUUAAAUAUCCGUUCGCAUUAUGAAGUUAUAUUAUAUUAGCUAUGAAUCUAUUGUAAUUCUUAUCUUUCAAAAAAGUUUUAUGUAAAUUAGCAAAUUACUUUGAUAAAGAAGACAAUAUUAUAUUGCAUAUACAUGCAAGUGUAUAAAAUCUCACAAACGCAAAUAUAUUAAUCUGCCUCGGUAGCAUUGUUAAUUAAUCCCAUCUAAGUGAUUGACAGUAAGAACAGCUGAUCAUAAAAAACAUAAAAACGGACAUUACAAAUAAUGGAAGGAAUUGCUGUCAAAGUGAUAAUAAAAGCACCGAAUCAGCAGAUUAAAGAUCAAAUCGUAAAUUGUGACAUUGGAUGGACUGUUGGCCAAUUAAAAGAUCAUUUAACCGAUGUUUAUCCUAGUAAACCAGAACGAGCAUCCCAGAAACUCAUAUAUUCAGGACAAUUAUUAAAUGAUUCUAUGUGUUUAAAAGAUGUAUUAAGGCAUUGUAAUGGACAAGAAGAUCAAGCUUAUAUAGUUCAUUUAGUCUGUGCUUCGCAAAAAAUAUCUACAAAUAAAAUAACUGAUCAAAUUAUAGAAAACACAAAUAUUUCUAGUGCAAGAAGUAUAGUAGAACAUACCAGAUUAAAUAAUACAAAUAGUAUUCAAAAUCAAAGUCAACAUAUUAAUAAUAUUGCUAUGCAACAUACUCCAGCACAAUUAUAUUCUACACAACAAUAUUUUGAUCCACGAAAUAGUCAACAAAUGGCUUGGAUGCAACAAGCAUAUACACAUUAUUUUACACAAUAUAUGCAAUUAAUAGCAGCACAAGGAAUACAAUUACAAACUAGCAUUCCAUAUGUUCAGCAAAUGAAUAUUAAUACAAAUGAUGGUGUUCAAAAUUCAUAUACAAAUAAUACAAAUAAUAAUAGUAGUAAUAACAACAAUAACAACAACAACAACAAUAAUAAUAAUAAUAAUGUAGGUGAUGAACAACAACAACCUGCUGUUCAAGAAAUUGAUGUUAAUGCAGGAAAUAAUGGUGCUGGAGAAGAUGGUGCAUUUAAUAGAGAUUGGCUAGAUGUUUUUUAUAUGCUAUCCAGAAUUAUUGUUUUUUUUAGUAUGGUAUAUUUUUAUUCAUCCCCUCUAAGAUUUCUUAUUGUUACAUUUCUUGGCUUUGCAAUGUAUCUAUUUCAGGGUGGUUUCUUUCGAGUUCAACCUAUUCUUUUACCUGAAAAUAAUAAUGGUAGAGGAGAUCGGGUAGAUAAUAAUAAUCAAAUGUUACAGAAUGAAGCAAUAGGUCCUGAACCUGUACCACAGCAACAAAAUGGUCAAGUACCAACUGUGCAAGCAGAAGCAAGAACAAAUGCAAAUGAAGAACAUGAAGAAGAAAGACCUGGUGCACUUGCUUUUACAUGGACAUUUUUCAGUACAUUUUUUGCUUCACUUAUUCCAGAUCAACCAAAUGUUAUUUAAUUUUAACAAAUUUAUUCAAUUUUAUUGUAAAGUUAAUUUUUUUUUCUUUCUAUAUAUGCUUUCAAAACAAAAUCAUCAAACCUAAUGAGGUAGUCUCUUUUUACAUGUAUAUUUAGUGAAUAUUGAAGAAUAUUAAAGAAAACUUCAUUAA